AUGUCUAUUUCCCCCCGCGAGUCCCCCUCGCUCUCUCCAGAUCAAUACGCAUCUACAGCCAUUACCGCUUUAUCUUUGGACGAAGAUUUGAUCCUACCUACCUAUGAAUCAGACCCGGUCCCUCCGAGGGAUGCCGAUCUACUCAGCAACGCCUCCGAGGGGACUCAAUGGAUUUGUGGAACGCCCGCCGCCGACGACACCUCUGUGGAGGAUGAACCGUCGCGCCAUGUGGACUAUCUCUCGCACGACUGGAGAGAAGAGGAUAUCUGGUCAUCCUGGCGUUAUGUGACCGCCCGCAGAAAUGAUUACAGUAAUGGGGUCCGACUGGAAAAUGCCUCAUGGAGGACAUGGGCCAAGGCUAAAAAUAAUCUGGGGACAAUUUCCCCAGAGACGCUGAAUUGGUUGAAAGAUUGCGACGUCACCUGGCUCUAUGGCCCUUUGAAAACAUCCGCUUCUAGUGACGCCGUGGCGUCUGACGUGUCGCCGCCACCAAGCCGACUAGAAACCCCCAACUCAUACCUCGAACCGAAACCCAUCUUGAAAAAGAAGACCGCUUCCGAAACCAUCCUCCAACGAUCCUUAUCGCAACAUACUCUACUUCAACAUGCCGGCGCCAUCCUCAAGGCCCAGGAAGCACAACAUAACUGGACUCGUCCCUCGUUCACUCGAUCUAACACCGACCUCGAUCAUAUCCACCAUCGCACUGGCAGCUCUACCUAUUCCAAUUCUAUAGGCGACACUUUGACUAGUAGUUCCUCUGGGUUAACUUCGCCGAGUGAGCGACGCCAUAUCCAUUUUAAUGAUGAGGUGGUUCAGUGCAUCGCUGUGGAAGCCAAAUAUGCCGACGAGGAAGACUGGCCUAUGACAUUCGAUGAGGAAUCCUCAGAUGAUGGAGUCGUCAUGAUGCGCGAGAUUGCCGGAUCAGCAUCGCUGAGCAAUCGCAGCACUCCCCGGAAUAGCUUCAGCGGUGAUAGCAAAACCAUCGCUCCGCUUCCUUCUACCACUCUCAAAUACCGAGGCGAUACCCCGGAACCCCAUACGGAGCCCUCUCUUCUAGAUCGCUGGGCUAAUUUUGCUCCCGCUUCACCUUCCUCUCUCUCUCCUACUCCCUCCGUUGAAACCCUCCGCCCACCAUCUGCCAAUUUCCUCCUAGACGAUGAUGAUGAAGAUCCGAGCCUGGAUUUCACAGGCCAGUAUCGCGACCGUCAGGCCUGGUUUGUGCCGGAAGAAGAAGAUGAGAUGAGGAAUACUGGUCCUCUCCAGUUAUCCUCGUCGGGGAUGUUCGUCCCGUAUGGAGAGUCUGAGGGAGAGGCCUCGAACACCACUCUCUUGGGUCGGGUGGUAGACACUGUCAACACCGCUCGCGAUAUCGCCCAUGUUAUUUGGAACGUGGGCUGGCGGCGAUGA